UAUCAUCCAGACUCCUACAUGGCACGACGUGAAAGCGUACGUCGAGGCUUCAGAGAAUGCCGGAGAUCCGAAUCAUCCACAAGCACAACUCCGUCCCUUACCUUUAUCUCUCCUCGACCAAGGGCUUCCCGUCGGAAUGGGACUCCAAGUAGAUCCAAAAGUCCCUCAUACUCUGGUUCCCCUGUCGCCCCAUUCUUUUCCGAGGAGACCAACACCUCAUUUAAUGACAUUUUUACUGCUGUCCUGGGUUCUAAGCUAGUCAAGCAAUCCCCUUCCAAAAAUCCCCAUUUGCAGAGUACUCAGAUGGAGCCCCCUCCUCCGUUGAAGCCACUAAUGUUCACUGACGUGGAGGCGAGAACGCCGAUGCAGCAGACAUUUCUGGAACCUCAAGCCUUUGAGUGUCGUGUAAGAGAGGACCGUGAGAGGCAAUUAGACACACGGUGCCUUCGGAUUAUUAGGAAGCUGAACUAUUAUCCGGAGUAUCAGGAGAUUGUUCGACGGUUUGCAAAUGCUGAGAGCGAGACAGAUACUGAAGCCUUGAUGACGAGCGGCGUAAACAAGACCCGACUUCGUUCUUCCUGUGGUGUAAGGGCUUAUCUGAGGAAAAUUUUGCGUUUAAAGGAGCCACUGCACCCACUGGCUGUUAGUCAGGCGACUCUCCUCAUGUCCAGUGACUCCACACCUGAACAUAGUUGCGUUCGGGAAGUCAAUGAAUCUCCCAAUAGAUAUGAUGUACGAAGAAUGUCGAGGAACAGCAUGACAUUAGAACAAUCAGGUGAGAUGGAGGAGACUUUGAUGAUGGAGCGAUCGUUGAAGAUGAUGAACGGAUCGUCAGCACCUGGAAAUGUGGUGGCAGCUGCACCCAGAAAUCUGCCUCCGGAGACGCUCUUGCGCCGUCUGGCUCGCAGUAUUUCCAUCCGUCUGGCCUACAAACGCUGCCUCCUCGAGCAGGCCAAUCAACAUCUCAGUGAACUUGGCAAGAAAACAAAUGUGAUUCGUAGCGUUCUUCGCAUGGCUACGGAAGAAGCGCUUCCUCAGAUGGGUAGCAUAAGAGACGUCUGCUACUUCAACAUUCCGCCUAUUGUGCCACCAGAGGCGGAGGUGGUGGAGAUGAAGUUAUGUCAAGUCACAUCUUCCCACCCUCUGCUUCCGUCCUCCCCGCUGUCCUCGACUUCGUCGAUCUCAAGUUCACCGCCCGAAGUGACUGCAAAUUUGCUGCCUCGAUUUGAUCGCCUCCUCUUCAGUCAGACUGCUGUACUCGAAUUGCUCUGUCAACUCUCCCGUCGUCUCUACACUCUCGACCGCCGCAUCGGCGAAUGCAUUGCGGCUGGUGCUGAUGCCACCAACCUACUUGGUGGCGAGCAGCAGCCCUGCGAAAUUGACGCCACUCUUUUUCCCCUACAGAGCCGCCGACAGCAGUUGAUGGAGCAGAUUUGCGAGGCGCAGCGACUACGCGAUGACUUUGAGAGCACCAAGAUUCGCCUCCUCGCUGGACUCCAGCAUCAAUUCUUCGUCCACUCAGAGGGCACCAAGUCUGGCCAGAAAUCGUUGCUGAAUUUCCUAGUCUGUGGUUUUGCAUGUCAGCAAGAAAUUAUUCACUUCGAUUUUCAGUCCUCCCCAUUCGAAGGCCACGAGUACUGUGAUUCGAGUGGACAAUCCUCACCCACUUCACCUCCUCGAAGCGAAGUCGACUCGGUGGUCUCCCUGGCUGAAUUUGUUUCCCGUCAUCUCGGCAAAUACCUCCAGGCUUUUCUAAUUAAACUGGUAUAAACGGAAAUACACGACGACCAGGAGGCAGUCGAUUGUGUUGGCGAGCAUCUUCGAUUGGUGGCAAGCUUUUCUGCUUAA